AUGGCCAGGCAGCAGCCACCGCCCUGGGUCCACACAACCUUCCUCUUCUGCCUGCUCAGCCUCAGCGGGGCCAUCGAGAUUCCUAUGGAUCCAAGCAUUCAGAAUGAGCUGUCCCAGCCCCCAACCAUCACCAAGCAGUCAGUGAAGGACCACAUCGUGGAUCCCCGUGAUAACAUCUUGAUUGAGUGUGAAGCAAAAGGGAACCCUGCCCCCAGCUUCCACUGGACUCGCAACAGUAGGUUCUUCAACAUCGCCAAGGACCCCCGGGUGUCGAUGAGGAGGAGGUCUGGUACCCUGGUGAUCGACUUCCGCAGUGGCGGGCGGCCAGAGGAGUAUGAGGGAGAAUACCAGUGCUUUGCCCGCAACAAGUUUGGCACGGCCCUGUCCAAUAGGAUCCGCCUGCAGGUGUCCAAAUCUCCUCUGUGGCCCAAGGAGAACCUAGACCCUGUCGUUGUUCAAGAAGGUGCUCCCUUGACGCUCCAGUGCAACCCCCCACCUGGACUUCCGUCCCCAGUCAUCUUCUGGAUGAGCAGCUCCAUGGAGCCCAUCACCCAAGACAAGCGUGUCUCCCAGGGCCAUAACGGAGACCUGUAUUUCUCUAAUGUGAUGCUGCAGGACAUGCAGACGGACUACAGCUGCAAUGCCCGCUUCCACUUCACCCACACCAUCCAGCAGAAGAACCCAUUCAAUCUCAAAGUCCUUACCACCCGAGGAGUUGCAGAAAGAACACCCAGCUUCAUGUAUCCCCAGGGCACUGCAAGCAGUCAGAUGGUGCUGCGUGGCACGGACCUCCUGCUGGAGUGCAUCGCCUCCGGGGUCCCAACGCCAGACAUCGCCUGGUACAAGAAAGGUGGGGACCUCCCAUCUGACAAGGCCAAGUUUGAGAACUUUAACAAGGCCCUGCGUAUCACCAACGUGUCCGAGGAAGACUCUGGGGAGUAUUUCUGCCUGGCCUCCAACAAGAUGGGCAGCAUCCGGCACACGAUCUCGGUGAGAGUAAAGGCUGCUCCCUACUGGCUGGACGAACCCAAGAACCUUAUCCUGGCUCCCGGCGAGGAUGGGAGACUGGUGUGUCGAGCCAAUGGGAACCCCAAGCCCACCGUCCAGUGGAUGGUGAAUGGGGAACCUUUGCAAUCGGCACCACCCAACCCAAACCGUGAGGUGGCCGGGGACACCAUCAUCUUCCGGGACACCCAGAUCAGCAGCAGGGCCGUGUACCAGUGCAACACCUCCAACGAGCACGGCUACCUGCUGGCCAACGCCUUCGUCAGCGUGCUGGACGUGCCGCCUCGGAUGCUGUCACCCCGGAACCAGCUCAUGAGGGUGAUCCUGUACAAUCGGACGCGGCUGGACUGCCCGUUCUUUGGGUCUCCCAUCCCCACACUCCGAUGGUUUAAGAAUGGGCAAGGAAGCAACCUGGAUGGUGGCAACUACCAUGUCUACGAGAACGGCAGUCUGGAAAUCAAGAUGAUCCGCAAAGAGGACCAAGGCAUCUACACCUGUGUUGCCACCAACAUCCUGGGCAAAGCUGAGAACCAGGUCCGCCUGGAGGUCAAAGACCCCACCAGGAUCUACCGGAUGCCUGAGGACCAGGUCUCCAAAAGGGGCACCACGGUGCAGCUGGAGUGUCGCGUGAAGCACGACCCCUCCCUGAAGCUCACAGUCUCCUGGCUGAAGGAUGAUGAGCCCCUCUACAUCGGGAACAGGAUGAAGAAGGAAGAGGACUCCCUGACCAUCUUCGGUGUGGCCGAGCGGGACCAGGGUAGCUACACGUGCGUUGCCAGCACCGAGCUGGACCAAGACCUGGCCAAGGCCUACCUGACCGUGCUAGCUGAUCAGGCCACUCCAACUAACCGUUUGGCUGCCCUGCCCAAAGGACGGCCAGACCGACCCCGGGACCUGGAGCUCACAGACCUGGCCGAGAGGAGCGUGAGACUGACCUGGAUCCCGGGGGACGAUAACAACAGCCCCAUCACAGACUACGUUGUACAGUUUGAAGAGGACCAGUUCCAGCCAGGGGUCUGGCAUGACCAUUCCAAGUUCCCAGGCAGUGUCAACUCAGCCGUCCUCCAGCUGUCCCCCUAUGUCAACUACCAGUUCCGGGUCAUUGCCAUCAAUGAGGUGGGCAGCAGCCAUCCCAGCCUCCCGUCUGAGCGCUACCGAACCAGCGGAGCACCCCCUGAGUCCAACCCCUCUGAUGUGAAGGGAGAGGGGACCAGAAAGAACAACAUGGAGAUCACGUGGACGCCGAUGAACGCCACCUCCGCCUUUGGCCCCAACCUGCGUUACAUCGUCAAGUGGCGGCGGAGAGAGACCCGAGAGACCUGGAACAACGUCACUGUGUGGGGCUCCCGCUACGUGGUGGGGCAGACCCCUGUCUACGUGCCCUAUGAGAUCCGAGUCCAGGCAGAAAAUGACUUUGGGAAGGGCCCUGAACCAGACACUGUCAUCGGUUACUCCGGAGAAGAUUAUCCCAGGGCUGCACCCACUGAUGUUAAAAUCCGAGUCCUGAACAGCACAGCCAUCAGCCUUCAGUGGAACCGCGUCUACUCCGACACGGUCCAGGGCCAGCUCAGAGAGUACCGAGCCUACUACUGGAGGGAGAGCAGCUUGCUGAAGAGCCUGUGGGUGUCUCAGAAGAGGCAGCAAGCCGGCUUCCCCGGAGAACGCCUCCGUGGCGUGGUGUCCCGCCUCUUCCCCUACAGUAACUACAAGCUGGAGAUGGUUGUGGUCAAUGGGCGAGGCGAUGGGCCUCGCAGUGAAACCAAGGAGUUCACCACCCCGGAAGGAGUACCCAGUGCCCCCAGGCGUUUCCGAGUCCGGCAGCCCAACCUGGAGACAAUCAACCUGGAAUGGGAUCAUCCAGAACACCCCAAUGGGAUCCUGAUUGGAUAUACUCUCAAAUACGUGGCCUUUAAUGGAACCAAAGUAGGAAAGCAGAUAGUGGAAAACUUCUCUCCCAAUCAGACCAAGUUCACGAUGCAAAGAGCAGACCCCGUGUCGCGCUACCGCUUUUCCCUCAGUGCCAGGACGCAGGUGGGCUCUGGGGAAGCAGUCACAGAGGAGUCACCAGCACCCCCGAAUGAAGCUGCUCCAACCGCAGCUCCUCCCACGUCGCCCCCGACCACGGUGGGUGUGACGGGCACGGCGGGCAGUACAGAUGCCACUGCCGCUGCUGCCACCACCGAAGCCACAACAGUCCCCACCGUCCCAGCUGUCGUACCCUCCACCAUCGCCACCACCACCGUCGCCACAACUACUACAGCCACUGCCGCCGCCACCACCACGGAGAGUCCUCCCACCACCACCAGGACUAAGAUUCCAGAAUCCGCCCCCGAUGAGCAAUCCAUCUGGAACGUCACAGUGCUCCCCAACAGUAAAUGGGCCAACAUCACCUGGAAGCACAAUUUCGGGCCCGGAACUGACUUUGUGGUUGAGUACAUCGACAGCAACCAUACGAAAAAAAGUGUCCCUGUUAAGGCUCAGGCCCAGCCCAUACAGCUGACAGACCUCUAUCCCGGUAUGACAUACACGUUGCGAGUUUAUUCCCGGGACAACGAGGGCAUCAGCAGUACCGUCAUCACCUUUAUGACCAGUACAGCCUACACCAACAACCAGGCGGACAUCGCCACCCAGGGCUGGUUCAUUGGGCUCAUGUGUGCCGUCGCCCUCCUGGUACUGAUCCUGCUCAUCGUCUGUUUCAUCAAGAGGAGUCGAGGCGGCAAGUACCCAGUGCGAGAAAAGAAAGAUGUUCCCCUUGGCCCUGAAGACCCCAAAGAAGAGGAUGGCUCCUUUGAUUACAGUGACGAGGACAACAAGCCCCUGCAGGGCAGCCAGACGUCCCUGGAUGGCACCAUCAAGCAGCAGGAGAGCGAUGACAGCCUGGUGGACUAUGGCGAGGGCGGCGAGGGACAGUUCAAUGAGGACGGCUCCUUCAUCGGCCAGUACACAGUCAAAAAGGACAAGGAAGAGACAGAGGGCAACGAAAGCUCAGAGGCCACUUCUCCUGUCAACGCCAUCUAUUCUCUGGCCUAACAGAGCCCCCCAGGCA